AUGUAUCUAGGAAAAUCUGGACACUGCAUUUUAGAACCUAAUCAUGAAAGAGGAGGUUUGUACUUGUCUAACUUAGAGUGGGCUAAAGACUAUGAUCUACUCAGAGAGCAUAAAAUCAGAUAUUUAAUGACUGUUGGUGCUAAGUUGACACCUCCUGGCUUAAAUAGAAGUAUUGUUGACGAUCACAUUAAAUUUGAAAUCUAUGACACGCCUACAGCAGAUAUUAAAUAAUUCUUUAAGCAAGCAACACUAUUUUUAAAAGAAAAGAUUUUAGAAUAAAAAUAAAAUGUGCUUGUUCACUGUCAUUAAGGCGCUUCAAGAAGCGCAACAAUAGUUAUAGCUUUCUUGAUGAAGUGUUUAAAAUGGAACUAUGAUCGUUCUUAUAGUCACAUAAAGAGAAUCCGUAAUGUUGUGCAACCUAAUAAAGGUUUUGUUAAUCAGCUCAAAAUGUAUGAAAAAGAACUAGGUUUAGCAAAAAAAUAAGAUUAGACGCACAAAAAAGGGAAAAAGAGCACCGAGCUUUAGCGGCCUUUAGGUUAGGAAAAAGGAAACGAAGAUAUAGUUGACUAAUCAGAAUAAUAAAGAGAAGAAGAAGUAGAUGAAUAUGAACCUUAAGAGCCUUCUGAGGCUGUAGGUCUUAAUAUUUGA